AAGAAGGAACCAUUGAUGUUUCCUGUGUUUCCUAUCGGAAUGUUAUCCGAGACGAGCAAGUGGUGUUCAAGUGGCCUCUCCGAACUGUUUCACCCCUCUCCUCCCUCUUCAAACAAACAAGAUGAAUAAAGAGGCAAGAGUGAAAGCGUCAAUAAACCAGAAGCUGACAGAGUUGGGAGAAAGAGAGAGACUAAAAGAGUUACUGAGAGCUAAACUCACUGAGUGUGGAUGGAAAGACCAAAUGAAGGCUCACUGUAAAGAUGUCAUCAAAGAAAAAGGGUUGGAGCAUGUUACGGUGGAGGAUCUUGUUGUGGAGAUCACUCCUAAAGGACGAGCAUCUGUGCCAGACAGCGUCAAGAAAGAGCUUCUACAGAGAAUAAGAGCCUUCUUGGCUCAGCAUGCCACAUGAUUUAAGCUUUUCAGAGCUCUUGCCAAAUCUAUUGUGUACCUCUUUUUUUCAUAUAGAUUUACUUGAAUUUAAAGCAGGUCUUUUUCAUUAUCUUUCAUUUUCAGCGACCCACAGUUCUGUCACACACUCUGCUGUUCAGUUGCAUGUUUUUAUUUCUCUGUUCACUUGAAAUGAUUAAAUAUUUUUAAAUCUA